GAGGGCGUGGCUAAGGGAACAAAAAUCUCCCUGCUGCUGAAGUUUGUGUCAGAUCUCAACAUUCUUUUUGUUAAAGGAAAACUGUUUCUUUGGAAGGAAUUUCCGAGGCGGAGAAAAGUGAACGAUGGAGAACCAGACAGUGCUGCCCGCAACUGACUUCCAGGAUCUCCUGAUGGAGUUCGACCAGGUGCUCCAGGACUUUGACAACGGGGCCCCUUCCCAAUACGGGCAACACCUUGCGGAGCUCAAGCAGCGGGUCCUUCCCAGUGCCUCCGACAGCGGCAUCGAGGAUUCGGAAAGCGGCAGCAGCACAUCCCCGGGCAGCAGCCUCAACACCAGCGAGGAAGACCUGAAUGCUCCAUCUGUGUUGACUCCGGCAUCGUCAAACUCCAAAGCCCGGCUUGGAGAUACGCACGAAUUGGAAGCAUUCAUUGCUGACUUGGACCAGAUUCUGGAAGAGAUGUGAGGCUCCGUGCUGAAUACAUGGACUGAGACCUGCCCUGUUUGCCAAAAGUGGGCCAUUUGGGAUUAUACCUUAAUGGCACAUCUUGUCCCUUUCUGGACUGCCUUUUUGCCAUCUGGUUCCUCAUAAAGCUCAAGAGGGAAAGUACGGACAAUUUGUAAAACGCAGAAGGAGACGCCCAUUUGGGAAACCAUUUUUCCAUCUGCAAAGACAAUCUGAAACCAGAGGAAGGUUGCUGAGCAUUCUCUAUCUCGACCACAAACAGAACAACUCUUUCCCCAAAUCUGCUGCAUGUGCGGAAGCAUGUGCUCUAUCAUGUGAACAUGUGGGUUUUAUGCUCCUGGACUUCCCCUUAAUACGCAUUGCUUCGGGGCAAAGAGGUACCUCUCCCUCCAUGGCUCUUGCUCUCGUGUAAAUAUUGUAAAAUAAGAUGGAUGCAUUUCUCCUGCUGUACAUUUUUUAUAUGGAGCUAUUUAAAUAAAUGGAGCUUUGGCUGAAAA